AAUCAAACAAGAAGCGGGGUGGCAUCGGAAACUCACCCGCUGUUCUUUCGAGAGACGACAGCGAGAACAACGUAAAAAAGAAGAGCGCCCUGAAACAAAAGAGGGAGGAGCAGCAAAGGAAACUCCGGGAGCAAUCGGAGGGUUCGUCCGCGGUAGAUUCGAAAGUGCUCGGAAACCAAAAGGAGGAUUCCACCCAGAACGACACCGACGCUGCGGAUCCGAGCGGGAAUGCCUCGAGCGGCAGCGUGACUGCCGUUGACAGCUACAGCUGUUCCAAUAGCAGCAUCGACGACGAUUGCAGCAUCGUGAGCGAUGGAAGUUAUUCCGCGGACGAUCUCCUCCUUGGGGACUCCCAGGAGCCAACAUCCUCGUCAUCGAUAAACCCCGGCGAUCUGUACGGGGGUAGCUUUUGCGGGAGCAGUUCCAACACGAGCUAUUCCAAUGAAUGCAGUUUUGCCAACGCCGAUGGAAACGAAGCUUCCUAUGGAACCAAUGUCGGGGACGAAAAAAGGGUCGGCCAUGGCAACGAGAGGAGCGAAAGCGUCAGCAGCAUCAUCAGCUCGGACACAAUCACUCCCUGUCUGGCUUCUUCCAUGUCGUCCUUUCCCGAAGAAGACGUCAACUUUGUGAGCUCGGACGACGGUUCCUCGGACGAGGAUGUCUCCGAGGCAUCCUCCACAACGAUAUCGUCGCCGGAAACAUCGCCGAUCGGGAAUCCAAACACGCUUCCGCCACCGAUUGCUUUGUCCGAGCACCCGGAAGGAGCCCCUGCCCCCACCAUUCCUAGGGAGCGUUCCAUCGAUUUCAACGAAAGGGUCCGCGUGAAGCGCGUUUUGUGCCAAUCCCAGCUCGUGGAGGAGGACGAGCUCGAAGACCUCUGGUUCCAACCGGAGGAAUACGAGGCGAUCAAGCGCAAGACCAUGGCCCUGAUCCGGGCCAUCCAGGAAGAGAACACCGGCGGCGUGACCUACUGCACCCGGGGCCUCGAGCGGUACUUUUGCAUUCAGGAGGUCCAGGACAAGCGGAACGACGCCUGGGACACCGUCCUGGACGAGCAGGACCUGCAGCGGUACGAGGGGGCCCCCGACCCCGAGCGCCUGUCGAGGUUGUACGCGAGGUGCACGCGGCGGUCGAGCCAGGAGGCCGUCGUGCGGGGCAAGCUCGACGAGGACGCCAUCKCCCGGUACACCCGGAAGACGCGGCAGGCCCUCGGGAGGUCUUCCUACGGCCGCGUGGCGUGAGUCGGAACCGCCGAACACCGCUGCACUACAACAAUCCUCCUGCAUGCAUACGGUGCUUUCUAACUUCUAGAAAACGAUUUGUGUCUGUCCGUUAGUUUGUUAUUGUAUCGUGGUGCCGUUGCGUCUUUUUACGCUUGCUUGCCGAACACCCAUUCUUGCACGGUACGGUACGGUGCCGAGAGAUAGUUAGUUAGUGAC